GCCUUCACGAACUACAUGCUAUGUUGAAAUAGUCCUGUUCGUAAAUAUGACUCAAUCUGUCACUGUACAUGUGUAAACUGUGUGAAAAGUCAAGUUUCCUCGUGGGAAAUGAAUCAUCUUGUGUUUCCUGAGCUUAGACCUUAAAGCAGCUCAGUGUUUGGGGGCGCACCCUCUCCUCUGGACACAGGUGUUGGUGAUUGUCUCGUCGCGAGGCUCAGUGCGUGGGACACUUUGGACAGACAUCUGAACAAUGGAUUACGCGUCAAAAUGCAUCAGCCUUCUUGCGCCUUCAUCCCUUUCCAAAAAUUUGAUGGCCACACAGCCCAAACCAUUUAGGGUGAGCAACGCAGACCGCAGCCUGAAGAAGGGUCUCACUGCUCAUGGGCUGGAGGACCUGCUUCAUAAGGUCAGAGAGUCACUCACUGUGUCAUAUGAGAGUACGCUGGUCCUGGAUGAAGAUGGGACAGAAAUCGACACAGAAGAUUUUUUUCAGACGUUGCCUGUUAACUCUGUUCUCAUGGUUUUAGACAAAGGACAAAAGUGGAGCCCAUGUUUGAGCAGCUCCCGGGAUCAGCUCAGAAAGUGUGAGCAGGAACGGACAGAUGUGGCCAAGCUCACAUUAGACCUCUACAAGAACAACCCCAAAGAUUUCAUUGGGUGUCUAAAUGUGAAAGCCACUUUGUAUGGGGCCUAUUCUAUUUCCUAUGAUCUGCGCUGCUAUGCUGCUAAAAAACUGUUAAAGGAGGCGUUGCGUUGGACUGUCUUCUCCAUGCAAGCCACGGGGCACCUCCUGCUGGGCUCGUCCUGCUACAUCGAGCAACUACUGGAGGCAGAGGACGAGGGGAAGAUGAGCCUGAUGCUGCCCUCAGAUAACAUGGUCAAACACUUACAGGGCAUGCUGCUGAGGCGGUCUUUCUACUGACUACAGACUGUACUUUAAUGGACUCUAAAAGAUACAUGCGCUCACACAACCUGCUCUUACAAGGACACUUUUCUUUUACAUGAAUGAAUGAAUAAAUGAUAAACAUAUAUUAUUUUCAGUUGCUACAAUAAAAAUGUUUUUAUAAGUCAAGUAUGAGAGCAGUAUAUUGGAUGUACGUUUUGUUCCUGUUAGUGUAUGUGGUGCCUGCUUGGCCAUAGAAUAAUUGGCAACAGGUCCAGCUGUCUCUCCCACGCGUCCUAAUUGUCCCCUGGUCUGCACUGAUCUGUCAGCUGCAGACUGCCUUUGCUUUACAAAACCAGAGACCAAGAGGCAGCUGCACUGGGGUGCAGGAGAGAGAGCAGAUCAUCAUGAGAGAGAUGACUUCAUCUGACUGGGCAAGUAUGACUUUUGCAAGAGGUGGAAGCUAAAAGACUUUAAAUUUGUGCUUUGAGCCUUUUGUGCUUUGAAAACUGCAGUUAUCAAGCCUCUCCUAAAGAGCAGUCUUGAUGCCACAAUAUUGAACAGUUACCAACCAAUCUCAAAUCUGCCAUUUUUAGGCAAAGUCCUCAACAAAGUUGUUUACCAAACAGCUUAUUAACUUUCUCUAAAUGAACAACUCCUUUGAUGUUUUCCAGUCAGGUUUGACACUGCUCUUAUCAAGGUGACAAAUGACAUCGACCUGAACACUGAUGCAGGCAAAGUCUCAGUCUUGAUCAUGUUAGAUCUGAGUGCUGCCUUUGACACUGUCGAUCAUGGGAUCCUCUUACAGAGACUAGAGGACUGGAUGGGCAUCUGUAGUACGGCACUAAACUGGUUCAAGUCCUAUCUAGAAAAUAAGGAAUACUUUGUUGAAAUUGGAAAAUGUUUCUCAAAAUGUCCCGGACCUGUGGGGUACUCCAGGGACCCUGUUGUUCAAUCUCUAUAUGCUGCUGUUAGGCAAGUUAAAAUGCAGCAAUAAUGAGUCCUACCACAAUUAUGCAGAUGACACUCAGAUGUAUGUCUCACUGCAGCAGGUGAGUAUGGACCAGUGGAUUCACUCUGCCACUGCAUCCAACAGAUCAGUGUGUGGAUGCAAAACAACUUUCUCCAGCUAAACUCAGACAAGACUGAAGUCAAAGUCUUUGGCCCACAGAAACAUGGAGAAAGUUUCUGCAGUCACCUCCAGUGUCUGUCUCUAAAACCUUCAAAUCAGGCUAGAAAUCUAGGGGUAAUAAUGGACUCAGACUUGAAACUUUAACGACCACAUCAUCAGCAACAUCUGCAGCGUUUUACCAUCUAAAACAUUGCAGAAAUCAAAGGUAUAUUGUCAAAGCCAGACUUGUAGAGACUUGUCCAUGCAUUUGUCUCCAGUAGGUUAGUAGGUAACGUCCAGCUCACCAACUUCUACAAAUGAGCCUUAAGACAGCUGCAGUACAUCCAGAACACUGCUGCCCGGGUCCUGGCCAGAACCAGGAAGUACGAGCACAUAAGUCCUGUGCUCAGGUCUCUGCACUGGCUCCUAUGGCUCAGAGAAUAGAGCUCUGCUUGUGAACAGGUCUCUCCAUGGCCUAGCACCAAAGUACAUCGCCGACAUGUUAGUGCCAUAUGAACCAUCUCACACUCUGAGGACUUCAGGGACCAGCCUCCUGCUGGUGCCCAGAGUCAGGACUAAACAUAGAGAAUCAGUGUUUCAGUUUUAUGCAACUAAAACCUGGAACGAUAUUCCUGAAGAUGUGAGACAGGCCUCUACUUUGACAAUGUUUAAAUCCAGGUUCAAAACAGUUCUGUUCAGCUGUGUAUAUGACUGAAAGGUUUUUAUUCUGCACUCUUCUGUUUUAAUAUUAAUUUUAUGAUUAUUAUUUCUGAUUAUUUAUGUUUUGAUUUGUGUGAUUUUAAUCUCUUUCUGUAAAGCACUUUGAAUGCUUUACAGAAUAAUUGUGCUAUACAAAUAAAGUUGCCUUGCUUUUAAGGAAAUCUAUUAUU